AUGUCUGUUAUACCAUUAUUCCCAAAUUUACCUCCAAACCCAAUAAUUGUCGUUGGAGGUGGUUUAGCAGGUGUCACCGCUGCUAUUCAGUCAGUCAAUUCUGGGGCAAAUGUUGUACUAGUGGAGAAGGAGGCUAAGUUGGGUGGAAACUCAAUGAAAGCCAGUAGUGGGAUCAGUGGAGCUUUGACCAGCCAGCAAAUCAGCUUGCACGUUAAUGACUCUGUCGAUUCGUUCUUGGAAGACUCUAUUCUUUCCGCCAGAUCAGGGAAGGAUCAUGCUAGAAGUCUCCUGGAGAUUUUAACAGAUGAGAGUGCGGAUGCCAUUAAAUGGUUGACUAAAGUUUGCAAAAUAGAUUUAUCCACAGUCAGCCUUCUGGGAGGACAUUCUCAGCCAAGGACUCACAGAGGAUUAAGUAAACCACCUGGGUUUGCUAUUACUUCCACGGUUAUCUCUAUUCUAUCAGAUAUAUCUGAACGGUACCCUCAAAAUGUAAAGGUGAUUAAUCAGGCCAAGUUGACCGAUAUCAUAGUCCAUGAUCACGAAGUUGAUGGAGUGGUUAUAGAAUUUCAGGAUUCGAAGUACAGAAUUCUUGGGCCCGUAAUUCUAGCUUCAGGUGGCUACUCUGCCAACAAGGAACUGAUCUCCAAGUUUAGACCAGAGCUGAGCUCUUUACCAACCACAAAUGGCCCGUAUGCAUCUGGGGAUGUUUUGAGCUUGGCAUUAGAGAAGGGAAUCGCAGGUAUUGAUCUGGAUAAGAUUCAAGUUCACCCCACGGCGUUAGUGCCAUUUGACAGCAAGAUUGUCAAAGACGAUCAGUUUCUAAUUCUGGGUGCUGAAAUGUUAAGGGGAGCAGGAGGUCUUUUGCUAAAUGCAAGAGGUGAAAGAUUUUGUAACGAACUUGGAACCAGAGAUUAUGUCAGUGCAGCUAUAGAAAAUACGAUCAAAGAAACUGGUGACGACAGGGUUCUUUUAGUUUUGAACGAAGAAGCUGCCAAGCAAUUGCAAUUGAAUGUUCAGUUCUACACAGCAAAGGGGCUAAUGAAAAAGCUAACCGCUGAAGAGCUGAUCGAAGAAAUUGGGUGUGACCAACAAGACCUUCAUCAAACAUUUUCAAACUACAAUUUGUUUGCUGACCUACAAAGGGAUGAAUUCGGAAAAGUCCAUUUUCCAAACAUACCAUUCAACUUGCUCAAUUCUGAGUCUGCCCAGGAAUCUUUUUACGUAUCUUACGUUUCCAGGGCUGUUCAUUUUACGAUGGGAGGACUCAAAUUCAAUGGGAAUGCGGAAAUAGAACAUCAAGAUGGAAGGGUGGUGUCUGGAUUAUUUGGUGCAGGAGAAGUGACAGGCGGCCUGCAUGGUGACAACCGUCUCGGUGGUAACUCCCUGCUAGAGUGCGUUGUAUUCGGAAAGAGGGCAGCGUUGACAGCAUCCAGCUAUCUCUUAAAAUCUCUAAGUAAUUACCAUAAACUGUGA